AUGCUUCUCAACUACGACUUCGACAUUCGGCACGUGUCUACCAACGACUUCGGAUGCGCCGAUAUGCUGUCAAGACUCAUCGACCGUUCCAAGCAGCAAGAAGAGGAGUAUGUUGUGGCAGCGAUAUCCCUAGAAAAAGACAUGGUGAGCAUUAUUCAAAACACUAUCGAGCAGGUACCAGUUUCGUUCACAGACAUCAAAAGUGCAACACAGGCAGAUGAACCACUACAAGCGGUGCUGCAGUUCAUUCGUGAGGGUUGGCCAAACGAUGCACGAUCAGUCGAAGAUCCAGAGAUUCGAGUCUGCUUCAACAGGCGGGAGUCUCUCACCAACGUCGAUGGCUGUAUACUAUUCCACGACAGGGUAGUCGUUCCGAGCAAGUUCAAAAGGCAAAUCCUGAAGCAGUUUCAUCGCGGACAUCCCGGCAUGGUACGAAUGAAGUCUGUUGCACGACGCAGUUUCGUUUACUGGCCCGGAAUCGACAACGACAUCGAGAAUUUCGUCCGGCGAUGCACUCCCUGCUGCACUGCUGGAAAAGCACCAGUCAAAACAACGCUUGAAUCGUGGCCCAUCCCUGAUAAGCCGUGGUCACGCAUCCAUAUUGACUACGCAGGACCUAUGGACGGCGUAUUUUUCCUGGUAAUUGUCGACCCGUACACCAAAUGGCCCGAAGUAUACGCAAGUAAAACCACAACGACAAGAACAACAAUCAAGCUACUUACUCAAACGUUCGCAACAUUUGGCGUGCCAGAAACCAUCGUCUCAGAUAAUGGUACCCAGUUCACCAGCUACGAGUUCAAGAAUUUCUGUGAGAAUCAAGGCAUUCACCACGUCCGCACAGCACCAUUCCAUCCUCAAUCAAAUCGGUUAGCAGAACGGUUCGUGGACACCUUGAAGCGCACUCUUCGGAAGAUUCGAUCGGGAGGAGACACACUGGAGGAAGCAUUGCAGACGUUUUUGCAAGUUUACAGGUCAACACCAACGGCUGACCUAGGUGAAAAGUCUCCUGCAGAAAUAAUGUUCGGACGACCGGUCCGCACAGUUUCGUCAAUGCUACUACCGCAACACAACCGUACAUCAGCAGCACAACCGAAAGCGGACGAGCAAAACAAGCGUUUCAACAAGAAGCAUGGAGCGAUUUCGAGGCAGUUCUUUCCGGGUGAUGCUGUAUAUGCUCAAGUCCAUCAAGCAAAUUCCUGGAAAUGGCAGGCUGCCACAGUAAUCGAGCGUGUCGGAAAAGUCAACUACAACGUUUUCCUGGAGGAUAAUCAGCGGCUCAUCCGUUCUCAUGCCAAUCAACUGAAGCAACGUGCGGUCGAAUCUGGUCGUGAUCCUAGUCCAAGCCAAGGUCCUUGUCUGUUAUCGGUAUUCUUCGACGGUUUUGGCCUAGACGUCGGGCUGCAGUGCCCUACCAACUUGGUCCAGUUGAUGAAGAGCUUGGAAGUGAUGAGGCGGAGUAUUUUCCGGAUGAUAGUGAGGCAGACAAUCCACCACAGCAAGAUCCAGUACCAGUUCCGCCAGCAACAAGGGAACACCGGCAGACUCGUUUACCAGCUAGAUUCGAGGAGUACUGGAUGA